CAAGAGUGGGAGAAGAGCGGAGCGUGUGAGCAGCACAGCGGCCUCCUCUCCUCUCCUCACCUCGCUCUUGCAGCCUACCUUUACCCGCCCAUCUGCCCGGCACCCAGAAUACCUUCCACCAUGACCACCUCAGCAUGUUCCCACUUAAAUAAAGGCAUCAAGCAGGUGUACAUGUCCCUGCCUCAGGGUGAGAAAGUCCAGGUCAUGUAUAUCUGGAUCGAUGGUACUGGAGAAGGAGUGCACUGCAAGACCCAGACCCUGGACAGUGAGCCCAAGUGUGUGGAAGAGUUGCCUGAGGGGAAUUUCAAUGCCUCUAGUACUUUACAGUCUGAAGGCUCCAACCGUGACAUGUAUCUCAUUCCUGCUGCUAUGUUUAAGGACCUCUUCCGUAAGGACCCUAACAAGCUGGUAUUGUGUGAUGUUUUCAAGUACAAUUGAAAGCCUGCAGAGACCAAUUUGAGGCACACCUGUAAAUGGAUAAUUGACAUGGUGAGCAACCAGCACCCUUGGUUUGGCAUGGAGCAGGAAUAUACCCUCAUGGGGACAAAUGGGCACCCCUUUGGUUGGCCUUCCAACGGCUUCCUAGGGCCUCACAGUCCAUAUUACUGCAGCAUGGGAGCAGACAGAACCUAUGGCAGGGACAUCAUGGAGGCUCAUUACCAGGCCUGCUUGUAUGCUGGAGUCAGGAUUACAGGGACUAAUGUUGAGGUCAUGCCUGCCCAGUGGGAAUUUCAAAUUGAACCCUGUGAAGGAAUCAGCAUGGGAGAUCAUCUCUGGGUGGCCCAUUUCAUCUUGCAUUGUGUGUGUGAAGACUUUGGAGUGAUAGCAACCUUUGAUCCUAAGCCCAUACCUAGGAACUGGAAUGGUGCAGGCUGCCAUACCAACUUUAGUACCAAGGCCAUGCGGGAGGAGAAUGGUCUGAAGUACACUGAGGAGGCCAUCGAGAAACUAAGCAAGCGACACCAGUACCACAUCCUCGCCUAUGAUCCCAAGAGAGGCCUGGACAAUGCCCGACGCCUAACUGGAUUCCAUGAAACCUCCAACAUCAACGACUUUUCUGCUAGUGUAGCCAGUCGUAGCGCCAGCUUAUGCAUUCCCCAGACUGUCAGCCAGGAGAAGAAGGGUUACUCUGAAGACCGUCGCCCCUCUACCAACUGCGAUCCCUUUUCGGUGACAGAAGCCCUCAUCCACACGUGUCUUCUCAAUGAAACAGGUGAUGAGCCCUUCCAGUACAAAAACUAAGUGGACUAGACCUCCAGCUGUCGAGCACCUCCUAGUUCUUCAUCCCACUCCAACUCUUCCCCCUCUCCCAGUUGUCCCAAUUGUAACUCAAAGGGUGGAAUAUUAAGGUCUUAAAAAAAAUAAUGG